CCGAGCCCCAGCCCCUCCGCAUCUCCCUCGGAAAGUGCGCUCCGCACAUCCCUCCGGCCUCCAGGCAGCGCCGUGUCUCUAGCCCGCCGGCACGGGGCGAGCUCUUAGCUGCGAAGUGGCGGUGGAGAGAGCCCGGGAAACCGCACAAUUGGCUAGGGAGCGGCCAAGCGAGCGGCCGUGCGCCUCGCCCCGAGAUCGCGCUCGCCGGCGGGGACGCAGCAUCCCCGCGGCGGCUGCAGACGCUCCCGACUUGGCCGCGCUGCUGCUCGGGCGCCGCAGGCCCCGAGGACCUCGGAGCACUUGGACCCCCACGGCGGCCACCGGUAUCCCGGAGGUGCCAGGCGCUCCGGGCGGGUCUCGGCAAACUUUUGCCCAGCCCACGUGCUAGCGGGGCGCUUGGCUUCCCCGGCCCGGGAUGGAGUGCCGCGCCUAGGCACGAUUCAAGGCGCGGAGAUGCUGAAGAUGCCCUACUGAGCCGAGAGGGCACCCGCACCCCGACUCCCCCAGGCUCCCGGCGACUGGCGCUCGGCGUCUUCCCCAGCUGCGCCCUCCGCGCGGCCCCCCUCGGAGGAGCCCGACUGUUCCCCGACUUUGAGAGGCGCCUCUCGCCAGCCCCACCGCCCAGAUGCAGUUUCGUCUCUUCUCCUUUGCGCUCAUCAUCCUGAACUGUAUGGAUUACAGUCACUGCCAAGGCAACCGAUGGAAACGCAGUAAGCGAGCUAGUUAUAUAUCAAACCCAAUUUGCAAGGGCUGUUUGUCUUGUUCCAAGGACAAUGGGUGCAGCCGAUGUCAACAGAAGUUGUUCUUUUUUCUUCGAAGAGAAGGCAUGCGUCAGUAUGGAGAGUGCCUGCAUUCCUGCCCCUCAGGCUAUUAUGGACACCGAGCUCCAGAUAUGAACAGAUGUGCAAGAUGCAGGAUAGAAAACUGUGAUUCUUGCUUUAGCAAAGACUUUUGUACCAAGUGCAAAGUAGGCUUCUAUUUGCACAGAGGUCGUUGCUUUGAUGAAUGUCCAGAUGGUUUUGCACCAUUAGAUGAAACCAUGGAAUGUGUGGAAGGAUGUGAAGUUGGUCAUUGGAGUGAAUGGGGAACUUGCAGCAGAAAUAAUCGCACCUGUGGAUUUAAAUGGGGUCUGGAAACCAGAACAAGGCAAAUUGUGAAGAAGCCAGCAAAAGACACAAUACCUUGCCCAACAAUCGCUGAAUCCAGGAGAUGUAAGAUGGCCAUGAGGCACUGUCCAGGAGGGAAGAGAACACGGAAAGUGAAGAAGAACAAGAAGAAGAAAAGGAAGCUGAUAGAAAGGGCGCAGGAGCAACACAGUGUCUUCUUAGCCACAGACAGAGCAAACCAGUAAAAAAUGAAAGACACAGAAGGUGGACCUGGGGAGGGGGGUGUGUUUUGCAAAAGUGCACAAAGCUACUCUCCAUUUAUGGACACUGGUGGGCGGCCUUUCGAUGGCCCUGACCAGCAUCUGUUCCCACUAACCUUGUGAGAGGCAGACCCACAGGGGUGGGCUCUGUUAUUUAUGCUUUGAUUUGCAUCUGGAGACUGUGAAGACAGGAAUUUGUGACCUGAGACCAUAGAAGCAGGAGUAUGUGGACAGCUUGUGACUUAACUUUGUGGGAGCCAGAGAUUCAUCCCUGGCACUGCAGAGAGACAAGAGGUGCGGGACCACCACUGGAGAACGGACCUAUGCAUAUUUGUGUCAAAGAAGAUGCUGGGCAGGCAAAGUGCUAUUUCACUGGGGACCAUGGCUCUCACAUUGUGCGUUUUCGAAGAUCAGUGUAGGUGGAUAUCUGCUUAGUGUCACCCCGCAUGGUUCUCAGCAGCUGUUACCUUUGAAAUAUUUGGGGAUGAAACUGCUUUUUGCUGGGGAAAUUCUACAGGGACCCCUGCUCAGUUUCACAGCAACUCUAAUAUGUAUAUAGUCUGUGGGGAUUCCACCUAGCCCUCCAAUCUCCUGUAUAUUUAUGCUUUCAUAUGUGUACUAAGUCAUACCUAAUUAAUAUUAUGUCACUGUGUCUAGUGGUUCCUAACCAUUGUCUGGUACCUGCACUAGAUUUUGAGAGUUGACAAAUGUUUUGUUACCCCCCCCUUAAACUUUUCUUUAUGGACUUAUUUCUCAUUGUAAAGAUAGGAUAAACUAGUUUGUAUAUAGUCAAAUGGCCAGAGUCAAAGAUUUUGAAUAUCAAUAGUGCUUUCCCUCCAUCCUCGCAGAUAAAGCAGCAUGCAGUAACUAGCAGUCAAAAAGACCAACCUCCCUCUGAGUAUAGAUGUGAUGACUUCAUGAAACAUGAGAAACUAUAUGGUCACUCGGAAUACUCAUACAGUUUCGCAAGCUAAGACUUUCAAACCCUUUCAGAUAUAUACAUAUGCUAUAUAUGUGUAUACAUAUGCUCUUCUUGUGUAUGUAUAGACAUAUACACAAAGCAUUCCCUGAUUUAUAAUGACAGAGUAGUUAUCUACUAUUCUUGGGUCACUAUAGAAGUUAACCCCAUUAGACCAUGCAUAGAUUUGAGCAAAAGGAUGAAUUCCUACAACUGCCAGUUCAGAUUUCAAUAGUUCUCCAUUGAGUCAAAAAUCCAUUUCAUAAACUAGGGAAAAAGAAAUACUAUGGAGACUUUCCAGAGGAUUUUAAAAGCAGUUGUUUCAAAAACACCCUUAUCCAUUUGGGGGCACUGGUACUCAGAGUGUUAUGAAUGAGCUUCUUCUAGAGUAUCUUUAUUUUAUUUUAUUUUUUGGCUGAUCCAGAAACCUAGAACAAGACAUGGUCGUAGAUUUUGAGGAAACAACCAAAGCAAGGUAAAGUUUUGUUGUUUUUUUUUUCUCACCUUGCAUUGGCAAACUACCUCUUAGGCAUUUUUUGUUUAACUUUUGAGUCAAUAGCAUCUUCCCCAUAAAUGUAAAUGUCACAUGCAUCCUUAUGAAAAUAUUAUUGCUAUGAGAUAAUAAGCCAUAUAUGAAUGUUGUAUACAACUUUAGGGUUUGCAUUUAACCCUAAAGUGUUUGCCACCUUUCACGUCUAAAUACACUAUAUACAUAUUUACUAAGUGGAGAGGUGUCUCCUUUAUAUAGUGCUUCAUCAUUAAUAAGUCAGUACCUGUUCUGUUUCUGGGAUGUUCUUUUUUGUGCAUUAAAAAUCUUUAAAAUUA